GGGGGGGGGGUCAACAUCCUAAUAGCGCGUGGACAUGAUUAGGGUUGAUCCGGGCUCAAGCCUGUGUACUGUACCUCCUUGCCCACGUAUCGAUCUCCAAACUCGGGAAGCACUUCAAGCCACGUUAAAAGCGCAUAGGCAGACGACUAGACGCUCGAAUCAUCUCAUCGUCGACGUUGGCAGCCACCAACACAGCCCCUUUUCUUCACCCCAAGACCCCAAAAAACAACAACAAAACAAAAACAGCCAUCAUGAGCAUUCUUCCACCUGUGCUGGCAGUAGCCACCGGAUGGACCAAGAUGAGCCCCUUGGGCAGUUUCGCCUUGUAUUUUGCAGCAGUGUCGGCGCUGCUCGGCCUGGCCGCCUACGUGAUACGCAUCGGCGACCACGUCAGGCGCAUGCCGCCGUUUAUCAACCCCCCCAAGCCGUACGACCUGACUUACUCACGUAGUAAGAUGCAGGCCGUCGCCGGCACCGAAGGCCUGAUGAGCAAGGCGCGGGAAAGGUUUGGCGACAAGCCUUAUAGUAUUGUCACGCUCGGCGGGCCCGUCAUGGUGCUGCCGGUCAGGUUUGCAGACGAGAUCCGAAGUGAUGCCCGAUUGAGCUUCACAAAGUCGGCGGAACAGGACUUUCACGCCCACUUGCCCGCUUUCCGGCCCUUCAAAGGAGACAUCACCGAGCUGCUAGCCGCAGUUGCAAAGACUCAUCUGACCAAACUCAUUGCCAAAACGACGAGGCCUCUCUGUGACGAGGCAUCCCGCACUCUCAAGAUGCGAAUCGGUGAUGUUUCGGAUUGGCAGCACCUUGGCCUCGAGGACCUGACGCUGGACAUGGCCUCCCGCAUGGCGGCGCGCGUGACCUCUGGCGAAGAGCUGUGCCGCAACGAGACAUGGCUCCGCAACACGAUCCAGUACACGAUCCACGCCGCCGUCGCCGCCGCCAAGCUGAGGCUCUUCCCGGCCCCGCUCCGAUAUCUGGCGCAUCUCGUCCUGCCCGAGUCCCGCGCCAUGCGUGCCGAGCUCGCCAGGGCCCGCGAGCUGGUCGCCGGCGUUGUCGACAAGCGCCGCCGCCAGAGGCUGCAUGCCGCCGAGGCGGGUCUGUCGGCGCCGCGAUACGAAGACGCCAUUGAAUGGGGAGCCGCCGCUGCCGCCGAGCAGUCCCGGGCGUCUGGGGGUGGUGGUCACUACGACCCGGCUCUGUUUCAACUCCAAACGUCCGUCGUUGGUCUUCACAGCACUACCGACCUUCUCACGCAGACUCUUAUCAACAUACUAAUCCACCCAGAUGUCGUGCCGCCGCUGCGUCGCGAAAUAGUCUCCGCCCUUGGUACUGAGGGCUGGUCAAAACCGUGCCUGCAUAAGCUGCAGCUCUUGGAUGGGGUCAUGAAGGAGACGCAGCGUCUGAAGCCGCUGGAGUUGAUCACCAUGCACCGCAUUGCCACAGCCGACGUACGGCUAUCAGACGGCAGCCUGAUACCAAAGCACACGCACUCGGUGGUGGCCAACACGACGCGGCUGGACCCGUCCGUCUACGAGAACCCGGGCGACUUUGAUCCGUUCCGCUGGAUGAGGAUGGGGGACUCGGACGAAACCAAGCACCAGGCGCCCAUGGUCAGCGCGGGUGUCAACUCGCUCGGCUUCGGCUACGGUCUGCACGUGUGCCCCGGCCGCUUUUUUGCCACAGACCUCGUCAAGAUGGCUCUCUGCCACCUGCUCAUCAAGUACGACAUGGAGCUGGAUCAGGAGUCCCGUCCCAGGCCGUACGUGCCCAUGGGCUUCUUUCUGGGCCACGACCAGCAGGUCAAGAUUAGGAUCCGGAGGCGAGCAGAAGAGAUUGAUCUGGAUAUAUAGGCUGAGAUCAGACUAGACCAAGUAAGAGGGAUAAAAGAAGAGAUGAUCGUCGAGCUGCAAUUCAGACUUCAACGGGUGCAUCAGAACUCGAUAGACCCAGAACUAAACUAGAUACUAGAACUAGUCCACGUGAGAAUGACCCCAGAUCUUCUGUCUAUACUAUCUUGGCCAUAAAAACAAAAGC